CACAGUCCUGCCCCGCACACCACAUCGUACCGUACCGCCCGCCCACCGCCCAGGAGUUAAUCGAUGCCCCGGGUGGCCGUGGUGUGUGAGGCGUCAGCGCUGGCCACUCUUUGGCUAUCCUGUUCAACACCUAAGUAAUAAAACAAAAAAAUAGCGUGGCGAAAUCCUCCAUGUGUAACACUCCUGAGUACCAUUUUAGCCGGCGAUAUUGAUUAGUCGGAUGAGGAGGACAAGUUGGGUUGGGUGGUGUGAGAGGGGUGAUGCAGGCAAUCGGGUGGCUCCCUCUGCGAGUGGUCACCGCGGCCCCCUGAAGCACCGUGCACGCGGCCAUGGCAGCCCCAGCCCCCCCUCAGGGCCUUGCUUUGCUGCCCCGCCCUCCUGCUGCCACGCCGCACUGAUCUGAAGCAGCAAGAAAUGGUGUGGGUUCGGAGGUGCGGAGCCGGGCUGUGGGGCUGUGGCGGCGGCGAGGUGUGAGGCGGCGGGAUGCAGCAUCCUGCCCCAGUGCCUCCUACUGCGCCUCCCCCGGGGUAUGUGUACCCGUGGCUCCCUCCAUCGCCUGUGGUGCCUGUGUAUGAGCGUCUCGCCACGCAUCUCGUAAGACACGACACCCUAGCGUCCCUUAACUUGUUCCGGUGCCCGACCCUUGUGCCCCACAAGGCGCCGCCGCCGCCGCCUCCGCCGCCUCUCCCCCAGCAGCUCUGGAGGAGUAAACACAGACUUCCACGCAGGGUGACAGGUGGUGAUGUGGGUCCCUUCAGUGGUGGUCCGGGCGGGGCGGCCGGGGCAUCGCUGAGGCUGAAUCAGUACUCUCAACCCCACCCACCACCCACAGCAACCCCACAACCUUCCCAGGGCCCGCCACAGCUACGCACGCAACAGGCCCCUCCCCACAACGCAACAGCUGCUCCGCCCGUGCCACAUUCACAGCACCAUACACACACACAUGCUACGUUAACACAGCACUCCCAGCACCACCAGGUUUUACAGACUGGUGGAGUUGGUGGGCACGGAGCUGGUGGAGUGGGAGCAGGUGUAGGGCAGGUGGGAGUGCCACCUGGGCCCAGCCCAGCACCCCCAGGACCACCUCACGAGUUAGGGACACAGCCACUCCCACCCGGGUCAACGCCACAGCUACAGCAAACUUCAGGAGGGUCAUUACCAGUGGCGUCCGCUCACAGCAUGAUGUACUCGUCAACAACACAAAAUCAGCCGCAGCCUCCACAAGGAAAUGCUCAGGGCACAUACUUCCCUCAUCCUGGAGGACCUAAUCCCCCACCACACCAGCCACGACCGAUGACCCUUACUCAUUCACAACCUAUACCAAACUUUUCUGUAGUGCCACCCAACAUGGUACAUUUUUAUUCAUCUACUGGUUCCAGCAACUUGAUUUACCACGUGCCGUUUCAGCCUGUGGCUCGCCAGCCCACCCCACACACACAACCGGGGCAGUAUCACCCAACCCCCUUAGCCCCAGGUCAUCCGCCGCCGCCGUAUCAGACGGUACAUUACCAAACAAAUCAGGGAGGUAAGCACGAAGCGCCCACCACCAUCCAGUACCGGCAGCCUCAAGGAGUCUAUUAUCCUCCUGCUUCACAACCCCAGUUGAAGCCCACCAUGAAUCAGGCACCACAGAGGGAGAAAAAGCCACUUGCCAUCUUGGACCCCAACACUGGAAAAAAUAUCCUGGAUGACAUUAACAAUGAAAAACCAGACAAGACCCCAACGCCACCCCAAUCUUCAGAAUCGAGUGCGCGAAACACUCCUGCUCCAAGUGGCACACCACCUACCAAGACAGAAUCAGCUGCAAUAGCUGCUAAGUUUGCAGAAGAGGUUGCUAAGAAAGCUGCAGAAAAGGACACUGAUAUAGAAGUAUCAGAACCUGUAGUGAGGACUAACAAACAAAGUGACUCUAGCUCUAGUACAGUUAUAAUUAGUGAUAGUAGAGAAAAGGAAAAACUAAACAAUAGUAUAGGGAAUAAGACAGAAUCAGUGAAUACCAGUUUAGUGGACAGUGCUAUUGGAAAAGUGGGUCCUGACACAGUGGAGGCCAUCAGUGUUCAGGCCAAACCGCAGCAGCAACAGCAACAACAGCAACAACAACAGCAGCAGCAGCAGCAACAGGACUCCCAGCAACAAAUGCCACUGCAACAUCUUCAACAGGUGCCUCCAUUGCAGCCACCACACUUGCCCCAGCAAGUCCCCCAACAGUCAAUGCAACCAAGUAUACAGCUGUCACAAUCUUUACAGCAACAGCUGUCCCAGCCAAAUGUACCACAGUUGUCACAACCAACAGUGCAACCAUUGGCCCAGCCUCCUGUGCAGCAAUUGCCACAGCCAUCUGUGCAGCAAUUGCCACAGCCAUCUGUGCAGCAAUUGCCACAGCCAUCUGUGCAGCAAUUGCCACAGCCACCUGUGCAGCAAUUGCCACAGCCACCUGUGCAGCAGUUGUCACAGCCAUCUGUACAGCAUUUGCCACAGCCAACGGUACAGCAGUUGCCAC